CGAAGAACUAGAGCUAGUAGAUUCAAGUCGAAUGCCAUUUCAUCUGGAACCAGUAAAACGAAGAAAGAUGACAUUUUAAAAGUCAGUAAUAAGAAAAAAGUUGUCUCAACUACGAAUAGUAACCUUGCUUCAACUAAUAAAAAAACAUCAACCGAAGUAACAGAUUAUAUAGUAAAAGAAUCUCUUAGUCUAAGUGGUGAUUUUGUAAUGGCAAGUUCUUACUUUAAACAGACCAAUUCACUUAUAUCACUUGCAAAUGGCAUAGACAGUCUUGAAUUCGAUGUAAAUGAUGAAUUGAAUGAAAAUGAAGGAUCACCACAAGCUAGUGAAAGUUCUCCACAUACUACUCAUAAUCCUUCACGAAAAGCCUUGGUUGAACAUGAACAAAAUGGUCAUCAAGAAAGUUUUAAAAAUAAUAGUUCAAUAUAUUGA